AUGGACAUCAAUGAAUGUAAAGAUAAUUUGACAUGUCCACAAGGAUGUGAAAACACUGUUGGAUCUUACAUUUGUAGCUGUAACAUUGGUUUCAGAUUGAAUACACUCAACACAAGCAUUUGUGAUGAUAUCAAUGAAUGUGAAGAGAACAUAGAUGACUGCUCACAAACUUGUGUCAAUGCAAUUGGAAGUUACUCUUGUAAUUGUUUCAAUGGAUAUACUCUCCAAAGUGGAGUUUGUGAAAAAAAUAUAGAUGAAUGCAGUCUUGCCAAGAAGCCCUGUAGUCAAAUUUGUACAGACACUUAUGGCAGAUUUACUUGUUCAUGUUAUGCUGGUUUUAAACUAGAAGCAGAUAGAACUUCUUGUACAGCUUGUGAGAAGUCCUUCUAUGGUGUCAACUGCAAUCAAUCCUAUCAGUGUAGUGGGCACGGGACAUGUGAUCCUGUCAGAGGCUGUGUAUGUGACAUAGGCUGGGAGGGAGUCAACUGCAACAAUGAUAUUGAUGAGUGUACACUAAGGACAGACAACUGUUUGAUUGGUGAUGUUUGUGUUAAUGCUUUGGGAAGCUAUUCCUGUGUUUGCCCUAUUGGAUAUGUUAGAAAUGGAACUUGUCAAGAUAUAAAUGAAUGUGUUGAUCCUGCCCUAAACAACUGCAACCCACUUAUUGAAGAUUGUGUCAAUAACUUUGGUAGUCAUGUCUGCAACUGUAAGCCUGGAUAUGCAAGAAAUGAUAAAGGGGACUGCAUUAAUAUCAAUGAAUGUGCUAAUGGGGACCAUCAAUGUCAACAAAUCUGUGUUGAUGUGCCUGGAAAAUACAACUGUGAUUGUAACUACCGGUAUAGAUUAAAUGAUGAUAGGCUAACAUGUCUACUAGUUAAAGAUGUAUGCAGUGAUUUUGAGAAACUGAACUGCUCUCAAGGAUGCACAGUAGACUUUCAACAGAACACUUCAUAUUGUUUUUGUGCUGAUGGUUACAAUCUAGUUGGCAAAGACACAUGUGAAGACAUCAAUGAAUGUGAAGUAUCAACAAAGAACUUGUGCAGCUUCAAGUCUGGAUGUGUUAACAGAGUACCAGGAUACAGCUGUUCAUGUCCCCCUGGGUCAAGUUUGGACAAUGAUGGACGCAACUGCAAUAGAGUUUUCUGUGAUGUGGAUGUGAACCAGUGUACCAAUGGGGAAUUACAGUGUAAUGACAGACAGGAUUGUGUGAGUCGUAUAGGUCCUGAUUCAUGUGUUUGCAAAUCUGGUUACAGACUUAAUGGCACAUUGUGUGAAGAUGUCAAUGAAUGUUUGGAUCCAAGGUUAAACACUUGUCAGCAGACAUGUCAGAACUCUGUUGGUAGCUACAGCUGUGGCUGUUAUAAAGGAUUUGCUUAUAAUGCAUCAACUAACACAUGUGAUGAUAUCAAUGAAUGUGCUCGACAAAUAGACAGAUGUACAAGUGUAUGUAUCAACACAUUGGGCAACUACAGGUGUUCAUGCACACCUGGCUAUGUCCUCAACAGAGAUGGAUAUACAUGUGAUGUGACCAGUGUGUGCACCAACAGUUCACUUUGUCAGUACCAGUGUAUUAAUGUCAAUGGCAAUGAAACUUGUUUCUGUCCUAAAGGACAAGCUUUAAACAGUGAUUUGAGAACCUGUAGAGAUGUAGACUUGUGCAGCUCUAGUUCCUGUAGUGAUCUGUGCAGUGAAACACCUGACAAUACAAGUGUUAUAUGUUCCUGCCCUCCUGGUAAAUCUUUGGCUGCCAAUGGAAUUAUUUGCCAGUCUUGUUCAAGUGGUACAUGGGGAGAUAACUGUGCCAACCAGUGCAGCUGUUCUCCUACUACCACACAGAGUUGUAGCCCCUUUAAUGGGACCUGUCAAUCUCAGAGUGGAUGGACUGGUCCUGACUGUUCCCAAGAUAUCAAUGAGUGUACUCAAAACCAAGCUAUCUGUGCCUCUAAAAAUAACACAGAUUGUCUCAACACAAAUGGAGCCUAUAUCUGUAGUUGUAAGCUUGGUUAUGGGAAAACAAAUGAAAAUGAUGAAUGUCCUUAUGUCCUUAUGUAA